GGCUAUCGUCAAACACCCUCUUAAAUCUUAAACCCUCGUUUUCACCCAUUAAAUAACCGCCACCGCAGCAAGUUUUCAGCCUUUCUCCCAAUCGAACCAGCAAGGGGAAAUCUCCCGCAAUACUUGUAGUACCGUUUCCUCUUACUUCAUACAGAAGUACUCGUUCAAUAUUCAUCAACAAUCUCUCUCCAGUGGCAAUCCAUAAGAAGGUUUUGAUCCGUUGCGUAAUUUUUACGCUGGAUAGUGCGGCAAAUCAGUACACAGUAGAAGUCGUGCAUACGCUUCGCGCCCAAUCCUAAGCUAUCGCCGACAAUUAUCAGCCUGAAGGUAAAAUAACACUUCCAAUGGCUGGCCAUGGAAGCAAAAGAAGUGAAAUUUCAGCCAUUCCGCCUCGAAAAAUCAAUGUGGAGAAAUUUGUACAGUCACGCGCUUCUGAGCUUGAGGCUCUUCACUCAAUCGUAUCUGACCGAUUGAGCAACGAUUUCCGGUCUCGAAGAAACAAGAGAAGAAGAACCACUGCGUAUGACAAUCAAGUUGCGAAGAAGAGAUAUAAGAAAAGGAGGAAAUUAGGAGUAGUAGUUGAUAAAAGCAAUGCCGUGGCGUCGGAGCAAAACCAUGAAAGGGUUCCUCCUCGUCGAGUUCGGCGGAGACUUGACCUUAGAAAGAAUUCUGAACGUGGUUUCUCUACUUCAGGCGAAGGGAUGAAGAGGCUGAGAACGCAUGUUUGGCAUGCAAAGAGGUUCACAAUGACAAAGCUGUGGGGUUUCCACCUUCCCCUGGGUUUGCAUGGCAGAGGAAGGGGGUCUAGAGCUUUAUUGAAGUGGUACAAGCAUGGAGCUCUUGUGCACGAUGCGAGCUAUUAUACUGCUGUCCAGUUGGAGGGUCCAGAGGAUUCGUUAACGUCAAUACUAAGGAUGGUGCUCGAGCCUCCUUCAUCAGCUCAAUCUGAGGAAAUUACCAAUGCUAUUCUUUCUGGUUUUAUCUAUGGAACUGCCAUGCUUCAUCAUGUUGGAGCGCCUGUUUCUCAGUUGAUAGCUCCUGUGACUUAUAUGUGGAGACCUUAUCAUCUUUGGAAUGGAGAAAACGGUGGUAGUGACCGUAAUUCUUAUGGAUGUAAUGAGUUACAAAGUUCUGAAUUGUGUUCAUCCCAUCGCCAGCUUUGGGUGUGGAUACAUGCUUCAGCUUUUAGCGAGGGAUAUGAUGCUCUAAAAUUUGCUUGUCAGAAACAUAUGAAUGAGAGUGGCAUCUUGAUCAAUUGCUUCUCGCUUGAAGGGCAGCUUGCAAAAUUAGAGGUAAUCGGAUCAAAGGCAUUUCAACUUCUUCAAAAGAUAUUACAUCCUGUUUAUUGUGAUUCAAAGAAUUCUUGGCAACCGAAGGAAUGUGUUGUUGAGGAGGCGGAUCAUAGUUCUGAGCUUAAGAAUUCUUCUAUACUUGAAAAUGAGGAGAAUAUUUCUUCAUGUUCAAUUUUUUAUUUAACGGUCAGGGAUCCUCGAGCAAUGCCUGAGACAAAGAUGGCUGACGUUCCUGUGGCAGCUGCUAGUACAAUAAAUUAUUUGCCUGAAAAUGAACCUGGAAAGGAUGUUACUAUACAGGGAAAUCCAGAAAAGAAUAAAGAGUUAAUUCUGCUGCCAUGUUCAAAACCUGAAAGGGAUAGCAGUUUAUCUGAUAAAAGGGAUCUGUGGGAUGCUAGCUGCAGAGUAAGUCUCCCAGUGGAAGAGAACGUUCUUUGCUUGGAAAAACAUCAUUUACGUAUGGAUUUUGUUUGCCUUGAUAAUGCAAAAUCAGGGAUGCUGAGUACUUCAACCAAGGUUCAGGGUUCAAGAUCUAGCCCUAUUGUUCUUCUUAAACUCAAUAAUGGAAUGGACUCAUUCAUGGGAUGGUCAAUAAUAAUCCCCUUGUGCUGGGUCAAGGUCUUCUGGAUGGCUUUCAUCUCCAAGGGAGCUCAUGCAAUAGGUCUUAGAGAGAAGCGAUGGAUUGCAUGUGAAGUAUGCAUACUUAACAAGCAGGCAGUUUUUAUAAUUUUUGGUAACAAAACAACGCAUGCUGUUUAUUUAUUUAUUUAUUUGCAGGUAGGUUUGCCAUUUUUUCCUUCAGAUUUUCCUGAUUGUAAUGCAUACUUGUCUUCUAUGGCAAGUGAAAGUGCUGCCCUAAACCAAAAAGCAGAACAAGUAUGUCCUGCUGUAAGACCCUUGAAAGUGCCUGUUCCACCCCCAUGGAAUAGUGUCCGUGUUGCUGUUACAAAGGGGUGCAUUGCAGUGCAAGUGGCUUCAAGUUCUUGUGCAAAAGACAUAAUUGGUUGCAAUUCAUCGUCAAACUCUAGAUGUGAUAAUAGUGACAUAACAUCACUCAGAGUUGAUGGUAACUCAUUUGAUGGAAUUAUAGCAAGGACAUCCAGUUCAUUGGAUGAUUUCUUGAAUGAAAUCCAUGAUGAUUGUUCACUUUUAUUCCCUCAAGCUCCAAAUAGGAAGAUGAGGUUUCUAGAGUUUAUCAAUGAUGAAAGUAAACUUGUCCAACUUCAAAAUGGUAUUACCCAAAUGAAUUGUGACCGAAAAUUAUGUUUCGUUAGAGUUCUUCUCCAUGCAUAUAAAAAAGGCGUUUUCGAAGAGGGAGCAAUUGUAUGUGCACCUUGUCUUAGCGAUGUGUCGCUAUUGACUUCCAGGUCAGAAAAUAAUGAGACUGGACUUCAAAUUCCUGUGUCUUUGGUGAGGUCAUACUUCAAAGAGCAAUCUUCCGGCAAGUGGGAACUCCAGAUACCAGAAGAUUCUGCUGCUAGGGAAUCCCAUCGCUGGCCUAUUGGUUUUGUUACAACAGGAUUUGUUCGAGGGAGCAAGAAGCCAGUAGCGGAGGCCUUUUGUGAAGCAGUUUUACUAGCUCGCCUUAGGGAAGAACAGUGGAAUGAGAUACCUGUGAAGCAGAGGAGAAAAGAAAUAUAUGUUCUUGUAAGGAACUUGAGAUCUUCAGCAUAUAGACUUGCUAUGGCGACAAUUGUCCUGGAACAACAAGAAGAUGAUAUGGAGUUCGUGUGAGAUGCUGCACAUAUGACAACAAAUACACAGAUAAGUUAGGUAGAUUAUGUAGUGUAUUGCAAAAAUAGAUCAGAGCUGUUACAGGUAGAGGUAGUGAUAUGGUUUUGCUGAAACAGCAUAGAACUCUCUCUCUCUCUCUCUCUCUCUCUCUCUCUAAAAAAAUUGCUUGUAAAGAGACGAUAGAAUAGGAAUCAGUACAUGGUAUAUUUAAAGGCUUUCCUUUUUUUUUUUUUAUUUGAAAUUAUUGCAAAGCUCAAAAAAGGGGAAUGGACAAGUGAAGUGCAGAGCGAUUUGAUUCGGA